ACGAGCUUACCACAUGACCGUGACGUCAGCGGAGGGCGUGUCCUGGAGCAGUUCUAGGUGCCUGACAGGUACGGCAGUCGGUGUCUGGGCGCAGUGAGGCCUUCAACAACCGGCGGGUGCGGUGACGGGUUUCCUGACCGGAAAGAGACGCAGCGCAGAAGAUAAACACAAUGUUGGGCUCCGGGUUCAAGUCCGAGCGUCUGCGAGUGAAUUUGAGGCUUGUCAUAAACCGACUGAAGCUCUUGGAGAAGAAGAAAACCGAGUUAGCGCAGAAAGCCAGAAAGGAGAUUGCGGACUAUUUAUCUACUGGGAAGGAUGAGAGGGCGAGGAUCCGGGUGGAGCACAUUAUCCGAGAAGACUACCUGGUGGAAGCCAUGGAGAUCCUAGAAUUGUACUGUGAUCUGCUCCUGGCCCGAUUUGGAUUAAUUCAGUCCAUGAAGGAGCUGGAUCCGGGCCUGGGUGAAGCGGUCUCCACACUGAUAUGGGCGGCUCCUCGUCUGCAGACUGAAGUGUCUGAACUGAAAAUAGUGGCCGAUCAGCUGUGUGCCAAGUAUAGUAAAGAAUACGGCAAACUGUGCCGGACAAACCAGAUUGGAACCGUCAACGACCGGCUGAUGCACAAGCUGAGCGUGGAGGCUCCUCCAAAAAUCCUUGUGGAGAGGUACCUCAUAGAGAUUGCUAAGAACUACAACGUGCCCUACGAGCCAGAUUCUGUGGUUUUGGCUGAGGUUCCCACAGGCGUGGAGGCAGAUCUUAUAGAUGUUGGCUUUUCGGACGACAUAAAAAAAGGAGGCGGAGGAGGGGGUGGAGGAUUUGGAGUACCAUUGCCAACCAUGCCAGCUAUGCAGAUGCCCACCCCUACUAUUCCAUUCAGUUACCCUGCACCUGGCGGACCGCAGGAGACCUACAAUGGACCGCCAGUAGGAAUCUAUCAACCUUUUGGUAACCAAAAUCCACCAGCAAUGGGCAUGGGGCCUCCACCAAUCCCAUCUUUGCCUCCUACAUAUGACUCUAUUGGUGACCGUGCACCAGAGGCAAACGCUCCUCCUCAAGAUGGUAAUGCACUCCCUGUCGCCAAACCAAGAACAAAAAUACAGGAUAACUUUGUCCUUCCAGAAUUACCCUCCGUUCCAGACACACUCCCCGCUGCUUCUGCCGGAGCUGCAACUUCCAGUUCAGAAGAUAUUGAUUUUGACGACCUGUCACGCAGAUUUGAGGAGUUGAAGAAGAAAACUUAAGUGGUUUGGCAGAUUCUCUAUUGCUGUAACAUCUCGACCUGACCUCUGCUCAGGAGAUAAAUCUAAAACUCCCUUUGUACAUUAUAUGCAGAGGAUCUGCUCUCAAGUCCUAAUGGAGGGUGGAAAUGGUUUCUCUAGGUUUGCUGAUUCCAUGGCUGUGACUUUUGGAGAAAAGAUCCAGUCUGAUUUCUAGUCGGGCCACUGGCCUUGGCGAGUCAAAGCUGACAUAUUUUCUAUGUUAUGCAGGAAUAUCAAAGCGAGACCCAAAGGACUUGCCUCUGCUAAUAAUUUAAUGAGCUGCUCUGUUACCUGAUUUUCUAACCUUUGUACAUAACAUUUACAGACUUGUGUUGAGCUUGUAUGAGCGUGCACGAAUAAAAAUAAAGCUGUGGCCUUCUA